ACAGGUGAUAAAAUUAUUAAGUUCAAAACAUUUAUUUUACCACAUAACAGAAUACAUGUUUGCAUCUAGAACGAUAUAGAACCACCACAGGGAAGCCGAUUACAGAACAUACCAAGAAUUGUAUUGAAAAGAGUGGUAAACUAUAUUAAAAAAUGGGAUCCUUAAUUAUCAGAAUAAUAAACUGUAAUUUUUUAAUUUUUUUUGUUGAAAAUUAAAAUAAGAGAAAUGAAAAACUGUAAAACGGAAAGUUGUCGAUCGAAUGUGAAUGCCAGACCUAUGCUUUACCAAUCUCCACUUCAACAUUUUUGUUUUUUCUGUAAGCUGAAAACAAAAAAAGAAUGAAGUCAAUAGCAAAAGUUGCUUUGCAGGCACCAUGUAUCUUGGUCAGAAGAAAAAUUAAGACUAAGAUAAAAACUAAACACUAAAAGAUGGCAGAUACUUGCUUUAUAUGCGACGAUACAGUAACUGUGGAUAUAGAUGAGCAAACCAGGGUGAAAUACAGAGAUGUUGUUGGUAAAAAUUUGAUUCAAGAUUGCCAGUUAUGCUACUUAUGCUGUCAUGUAUUGAAUAAGCUCGCACUUUUUAAAUAUAUAUGUCUGCAGAAGACCUCGCAAUAUCCUGGCCUACUAAGCAAAAAAUAUUAUCCGAUAAAGUUACAAAAAAGCGACCUCGAAAUCCACAUCCUAUGUCCAGAGAAAUGCUAUGAAUACAAUCAAAUACAUAGCAACAAAAGCUACCAAUUCAAUCACAGCGAUGACUCCAAUGAUUCUGUCGACACUCGAUAUGCCAAUGACAGUGAUAAUGAAAAUUUAAAUCAUCAUAACGAAAUCGUAUACAAUCAUAAUAUAAUAAAUAAUGACAUUGAAUACAUAAAUAGUGACAGACAAAAUAUAAACAGUGAUAAAAUAGUGAUAUCAGGAUGUGACAAUUUCUACGAUAAUAUUAAAGAACAUAAUGCAAUAGAUGAGUUACAUUGUGACGUAAAAAAUGAUAAUAGAAAUGAUGAUGAAGUUAUAAAACUAACAGAUAUUGAUACGGUUUUAAACGCAGAUUUAAAUGGUCAAUCUAUAGAUUAUAAUAUAGGAAAUUAUGAUAAAAUGAAUGAUUUAAAUAAUCAGGACAAUAGAAUAACAGGAACAUCAUUUACCGGUGUAUCACCGGUAAAUGAUGAUCAUACAAACUUGUACGAUGUUAAAAUUGAAAUCGAUAACGAGAACUAUUCAGGAGCAAAUAAAAAUGACAAUUUUGAAAAAGAAAUAGUGUUUAAUGCUGAAUCAAAAAUGGAAGAAACCGCAGACGAUAGCAAGGUUGUAAAGAAGAGCAAGAAGAAGUCGGAUCGAGGUUUCAAGAGGAUAAUUUUGAAUCUAGACAAGCAGAAGAUUGAGUUAGAAGCGAAUAGAAAGAAGAAGAGUUAUAUAGAAGCUGAAUUUAAGUGUUACAAUUGUGCACUGAGUUUCCUUUUCAAAGAUACGUAUCAAGCUCAUAUGAUGAGACAUGAAGAAUCCAACGGUGAAUAUCAAUGUGUUACAUGCACGUUACGUUUCGCGACACCCGCCUUGCUGAGGAUCCACGCGGCUAGUCACACCGAGCGAUACUUGUGUCGCAAGUGUGGUGAGUGCCUGAGGCCGCGGGUCAAGAGACGCCACGCAUGUCAGCAGCCAAGAGAGCCGCAGAGCGUCGCUUGCCAUUUGUGCGGGAACUUGCUCAAAGACGCAAACGGUCUCCAGCAGCAUUUGAAGAGGGUGCACGCAAACAAAAGCAGCGGCCGAAGAUACGCGUGUAACGUUUGCGGGGACAGCUACACGCGUCAAGGUGCCUUGAGAACGCAUAUGAUAAAACACAUAAACCGCAAAUUCCACUGCGACCAGUGUCCAGGUACCUACAGCAGUCCGUACACAUUGACGCAGCACAAGAAAACCCACGACGCCGGCGGUGUGACGCACUACUGUGACACGUGCGGGGCGGGCUACGCCUCCAGAAAAAGUUUACUGGCCCAUAUGAGAAACACAAGCAACCAUUCUACAACGACAUACGAAUGCCCCAUUUGCAGUCGCGUUUGCCCCAACCAGAAGUCCCUCGCAUCCCACAUCCAGUGUGUCCACUCAACACGCAAGGACUUCACAUGUUCGCUUUGCCCCGCUCGCUACAGCAACCGGAAGUCGCUCGUGCGACACGCAGUCGCGCAUACUACACAGAAACCGGCCAGAAUUGUGGUUUGUCACUUGUGCGGGACCAAUUUCAAGGAUAAUAGCAAGCUGAAUAGACAUCUUCGGGAAGUAUGCAAGAAGUCGAAAGAAGAACAGCUUUUAGCUAUGUACGAUUAAAAAUACUUACUGUA